AUGCGCUUCUUUAAACACAAACACAACCCCGUGCAGAGGUCUCGGCCGGGCUCUACGUCUAGCUCUGCCUCUAGCUCUGCCUCUAGCUCUGCCUCUAGCUUAACGUCUAGCUCUAAUUCUAGCUCAAAGUCUAGCUGUAACUCUAGCUCUAACUCUAGCUGUUACUCUAGCCCUACAUCUAUCUCUCCUUCAACUUAUUCACUGGAUGCUGAUUCAGUGGUACUUUACUGCCUCACAUGCGAUCAGCAGCUCAGCAGCCAAUGUGUGAUUAAGGGCACACACCGGGAUCAUCACCUGAAAGACCUGAAAAGCGUGGUGCACGAUCAAGUGAAAAAACUAAAUGAACUGUCCGGGAAUCUGACAUCCAGAGAAAGGAAGUUUGGUGACCUGAAACCGAGGAUUGCAGCAGCAGAGCGCGAGCUGGAGGAGAUAUGCAGCAGGACACAGGAGACGCUUCAGCAGGAGUACCAUACCCUGCAGACUUUGAUCGAGCAGAAUCAGCAACAGGCUUUUUUCAUCCUGAAUGUACAAAAGCAAACGAUCAAGCGGCAACUCCAUCAGCUGCUCGAGGACACGCAGAACUACCAGAGCAAGUCCACAGCCAUGAGUGAGGACAUAAAACAGCUUAGCAGCAGACAGGAGCAUGAAAACCCAGCCAGCCUGCUGGGAGAGAUCAACACAGUUAAAACCAGCCUGCAUACAAUAAACAAGUUUUACUCCUCUGUGGAAAAGAAGCUUAAAGUCGAUGACACAAGAAUAAAAGCUCUGGAAAACUCCGUCAAGAAAAUAGUGGAAAAAAACAAAGAGCUUCUGCCACGGCCAUGGGAAUUUUCAGAGACUAUCACGUUGGAAGAGAGUAAAGAGGAAGGAAAUCUGCAGAUCUCAGAGGACAAGACAGAGAUGUCAGUGUUCCCAUCAGACAACCUUAGUCAUACUUCUCGGUUAUCAUGGAUUAACCAGCAGGCAUCUCAGAGCUUCAGUAAAGGCCUGCAUUACUGGGAGGUGGAUGUAGGAGGCUGUGAAAGCUGGCAAGUGGGAGUAUUGGAACAAAGCCGGGGUAAAGGCAUCCACAUUUUAGCCCUGUCCCAGGAGAGAAGUUCAUGGGUUCUGGAGCGUGAUGGUGGCGAGCUCUCUGUGCUGUACAACAACGAAUUCAGCAGGGUCAAGGAGAGCAAUGUUCAAACCCUCGGCGUGUUCCUGGAUUGUGAUAAAGGACAACUAAAGUUCUACAAUGUCAAUACAGGCUGCAUUCUGCACUCAUUUAUUGCCAAGUUCAAGCAUUCUGUUUGUCCUGUGUUCAGCAUGCGUCCACAGAAAGACAGUAUGGCCCGACUGAAGAUCUGCAACCUGAUCAAUAUUGAUGACAGCGCACUGGAUACAAACAUCUAUGAGACAGUAAAUAAGGAGGGUAUAGACGAGCCUUACGAGAAUUCAAAUUGGAACCUUUUUUAG